AUGGAGGAGUUUGCCUCAGAAGUUGCUUUCAAGCUGCUAACUUCGACACCUUAUUAUGCCCAAGCAAAUGUUCAGGUCGAAGCGGCUAACAAGAUAAUGAUUGGUUUAAUAAAAAAGCAUGUGGGUCAAAAGCUAAGGAAUUGUCAUAGAACCUUAAAUCAAGUGUUAUGGGCAUGUCGAAACUCUCCCAAAGAAUCGACUAAUGCCACACCAUUUCGACCGGUUUACGAUCAUGAUGUUGUACUCCCUUUAGAAAUUCAUUUGCAGUCAGUUAGAAUUCAAAGACAAAUAGAGAUUCCAACUAAAUACUAUUGGGCUAUGAUGCUUGAUGAAUUGAGUGAUCUGGAUGAAGAUAGAUUGGCUUCUAUAUAUGUCUUAACGAGACAAAAAGAAAGAGUAGCUAAGGCAUAUAAUAAGAAAUUUAAAUCCAAAACUUUCCACUUACGAGACUUAGUUUGA